AAUAUAAUAUUUUUAUUCUUCAAAUUUUCUUUAAAUUAUUUCUCUUGAUUAUGCACUCUAAUUAAUUGUUUUGCCAUUUAAAUAGAAGUCCUCCAACUUUUACGGUACCACACUCUCUCUAUCUCUUUCUUCCUCUUUCCUCUCGCUUCUACUUCUUUGUAACUAACAUUACCUCAAUGAACGUCUAUAUGUUACACCAAGUCAAUUAUUGGUAUUAAUCGAUGAUUAAAGAUGGCAACGGGGACUUAUGUUCGAUUAACAAAGGAACAAGAAUCGUCAUUGCAAAACAUUACUCCUGGCGAGCUUAAUCAACCCAUUGAUGUCCAAAAGCAAACAACUGCUAAAUGUGAGCAUUGCGGGCAAAAUUUACCUCCAUCAUACGAACCUCCGGCUGAUGAAGAUUGGGCAACUGGAAUUUUUCGGUGUACAGAAGAUGUUGAUAGCUGCUUGCUUGGGCUAUUUUGUCCAUGUGUUUUGUUUGGAAGACACAUGGAGACAUUGAAUGAUGAAAUAUCAAGCAGAGGAGCUUGUGUUGGUCAUCUGGUCUGCAUUGAAGGUGGCAUUGCUCUUGCAGCACUUACUGCUGCAUUUCAUGGCAUUGAUCCAGACACAGCAUGCCUCAUUACUGAGGGUCUACUCUUCUCUUGGUGGGUUUGUGGUAUCUAUACUGGCAUGGCUCGUCAGAUGUUGCAAAGAAAAUAUCAUCUUAAGGAUUCGCCAUGUGAUCCAUGUAUGGUGCAUUGUUGUUUGCAUUGGUGUGCCAUGUGUCAAGAACAGAGAGAGAUGAAACUUCACUUAUCAUGUAACGAUAACCCAACAACAACAGUUGUAGAACCACCACCAGUUCAAGAGAUGAAUGCAAGUGGAAAUGAUGAUCAGCCUAUAGCUGCUAAUUCUUCUGGCAAGGAAAUUGUACCAUAUGAUGAUUUGGAGAUGGAAUCCCUGUAAAAUAUAUGCUGUAUACUUUGUUUUGUUCUUUGGAAACUGUUUUGCAUUUAAUAAUUUACUCAAUUUUGUAAAACUGAUUACUAAGCAGUCAAAACUUUGUACCUGUAAGUUAAUCAAAGAUUGGCAUUGCCUGUAGGGAAAUUACACCUCAUUCUCUUUCC